AUGGCAGGCGACGAAGACGAGCCAGAAGCGCGAUUCCACGAUCCCAUGCCAGUUGGAUACGUCUUCGUCCCCAAAGGAGACGUGUACAUGACCAAAAAUUGCCGCAAGGAGACACACUCGGCGGACCUGACUGUUUACGUGGUGGUUAACAAACGCCGGAAACCGAUCGGCCUUCGCUGUCCCGCCUCCAUUGUUGAAGUCGUUCAAGAGUCAAAUCAGGCUACAGCUGCGAAACGUGCAGAGGCUGUACAGAAGCGAGAUGCAGCUGUCGAAGGCGACUUUGAAGAGGCACUGAAGAGGCUGUUCCCAAACACCCCUAAAGAGACGAUCCCCAAGAUUGUGAGCCAUGCGCUCAAGAAGCGGAGCAGGAGAGUGGGAAGAAGCGGGACCGUACAGCUGGAUGACAAGGUGAAGCUGGUGGUGCGAGCGCAUAUCCGGCACGAACACACGGAAUAUGAGCAGCUACUGAGACAGGGCACAGCCCGCGAGAGAGCCAGACAACAAGUUUACAGCAAGCUUAAUGAGAUUGCGAGACUCUGGGGUGGACGACCGGCGAAGGGUGCUGGGACAAAGCGAAAGGCCGAAGAUGAUGAUGGGGACGAAACAAGAAUAACUCGGGAAAGGAGUAAACUGCUCAAAAGACAAAAGAAAGAGCAAAGAGUCAAAACAGCAGCUACCGGUGCAGACACCGCGCGACUCAAGAAGACCGAAAAGUUGGAACGGAAGAAAGCCAGAAAAAAGAUGACCCGUGAAGAGAGACAGCUGCUAGCUGAAAAGAGCAGGACAUCAAAGGUGUCUGCCCUACGGGUUCAGACACGUCGUAUGGCCAGAGAAGGAAUCGAAUCUCUGGGCGGCACCGAGAAAGAACCCAUCAUCAUCGACGAUAGCGACGGACAAGAGGCUGUCUUUACUAGAGACGAAGACACCGACUUUGACGACGGCAAUGAGUCGGACUGGAGCGACUGGAGCGACAUCAGCUUUGGCAAUGGCACUGGGAAGAAGUCGCAACGGAACGACCACCACUGGACGAAGCCAUGCCGAAACUGA